UAAUGAAGCCCUUCGAAGACGAUGACGACAGCGUGAGGCAACUCGUCUCGCAAGAUUCUUUGCUCGAAAACGGCAAGUCUGUCAAGUUUUGUGAUACGACUUCUGAUACAGCAACGUCAUACUUAUCUGUGAAUGAAGCGAGUGAUCGAGCAACAAUGCGCCGUAAUACAAGUUAUGGAUUGCUUCCGGAUAACCAAGCAGAGGCAAAAGUGCUAAUUAUUUAUACGGGAGGCACAAUUGGCAUGAUGCGGAAUGAGCAUAAUGCUCUCGCUCCAAUGCCAAACCAACUCACAAAAAGGCUUCGUCGUUACCCGCACAUGCAUGAUGAGGAAUACGCGAAGAAACGUUUUGGCAAUUCAAGUCACAUGGCACCCCUCGUACUGCCCUAUUGCGAAGACGAACAACGCCGAGUGCUUUACACAAUUGACGAAUACGAGCCUUUACUUGAUUCCAGCAACAUGUCGAUCAAAGAUUGGGUUCGAAUUGCCGAAGACAUCCGUCAAUCGUACGAAUUUUUUGAUGGGUUCGUCAUUUUGCACGGAACCGACACUUUGGCGUACACAGCAUCCGCUCUGUCCUUCAUGCUGGAGAAUUUGGGGAAGACUGUUAUAAUCACAGGAUCACAAAUUCCCAUUUUUGAGACACGAACCGAUGGCAAAGACAAUUUCACAUCAGCUUUGAUCCUUGCUGGGAAUUAUGUGAUACCCGAAGUUUGUGUUUGUUUCGCCUCGAAGCUGUAUCGGGGCAAUAGAACGAUCAAAAUGAACACUUCAGCGUUGGAUGCCUUCAAAAGUCCGAACAUUCCGCCGUUGGCGCAUAUUGGGAUCAACAUCGAAAUCGAUUAUCGGAGCAUUUUUCGACCUUGUGGCGUCGACAAGUUCAAUGUUCACUUGAAAUUGGACGAAAAUGUUGGGAUUUUACGGAUUUUUCCGAACAUUCCGACAACAACGAUAAAAGCUUUUCUUCUUCCGCCGAUGAAAGGUGUCGUUUUGGAGACUUUUGGAGCGGGAAACAUUCCAACGAAUCGUCAAGACCUUCUCGAUGCCUUGCGAGAAGCCUCAAAAAGGGAAGUAAUCAUCGUAAAUAUCACCCAAUGCAACGUCGGAACAGUCGCAGAGCUUUAUGAGACAGGGAGAAUAUUGUCCGAAUGCGGCGUAAUUGCGGGAUAUGACAUGACAGCGGAAGCAGCACUUGCCAAACUCGCCUACGUUCUCAGCAAAGACGAAUGGAAUCACGAAACGAAGCUCAAGAUGAUGCAAAGUAACUUGCGAGGCGAAUUAACUUCCGGCAAUAGUGGCCCCUUGCAAGAUUUUGAUCUCGUUGAUGCCGUGGCACGUUCCUUAAAACUCUCAACGCCCAAAGAAUUGAACCAAUUAGGAGCAACUCUCUUCCCGGCGAUUCUAAAUUCCGCCGUACUCGAUGGAGAUUGCAAGAAAAUCGAUCAACUCAAAGGGUACGGAGCUAAUUUAUCGGCAACGAAUCAAGAUUCUCGCACGGCACUUCAUAUCGCGGCUGCUGAGGGUAAAAUUGAUGUUGUAAAGCAUUUACUUUUGAAUGGAGCAGCGAUUCAUAUUCGAGAUCGGUAUGAUCAUACGCCACUCGUUGAAGCAAUUAAGAAUGAUCGACAUGAAAUUAUAAAGUUAUUGACAAAGUGCGGAUCGCAUAUCACGGGAAGUGCAAGAGCUGUGGGCGAAAAAUUGUGUGCCGCGGCAGCAAGAGGAUUAAUUAAGCGAUUGGAGUCGUAUAAACUUGCGGGAGCUGAUUUGGGACAACCUGAUCCGAGCGGGAGAACGGCUUUGCAUGUGGCUGCUUUACACGGAUAUACCGACAUGGUCAAAUACUUACUCAACAACUACGUCGAAAAAGAUGUAACUGACAUGCUCAACUUAACUCCUUUGCAUUACGCCAAUCAAGGACGUCACAAAGAAAUCAUCGAAUUACUUGAAAACGGUCCUAAACACUUAACAAAAGAAGAAUGACCUUCACUCAAUAUCCUAACGAAUUAAAAAAUGUCAAUUUUAAGCUUUAAAAAAUAUAUUUUAAUUACUUA